AUGCCAGGCAUGUACGCCUUCCAAGCAGGCCCUGGGCCAAAGACGCAACAAAAAGACGAGUCUUCUCCUCAGCUCACACCGAAUAUCCUCCCCUGUCAAAUCCACCAUGAUGGCCCAAUUGCGUCCUGCGAUCGCUUUUGGACUCCCGUCUCAGACGCAAAAGACAACACACAGAGUGCACACUUUCGAGGGCGAAAACUCCGCGGGCGACGUGUUGCGAUUCCAGAGGGAUACCAAGGAGUUGUCGCAAUGCCCACAGAUCGUAUAUUACCUUCUCAGCAAGCAGACAAAGACCAGGACGUUGAAAUCCUCGAGAAUGGACCCGAGGAGCCGGUCAAGAUUCUUGAGACACAAGGUACUUUUGACGAGAUGAUUGUAUGGCAGCAUGAGUUUCUACCUGCGGCGGACGACACUUUUGUAAAGGGCGUGGAAGAGUGGGUGCGAUUUGCAGAGACGAUGCAUGUAACCCCGGCAGAUGCGACGAAAUAG